AUGUCUCUCAAAUGGCUUCUUUUCUCUAUUGUUGCUCUAGUAUCAAUUCCGACUCUAUUCGUCGAUGGCAAGCCAGCUGUAUCUGGUAUCAAAUUCCCCUUUUAUCGCAACUUGCCGAAGUUCCCUUCACACCGAUUUCCGAACUCAAUGCCAGCUCCUGGCUUCACCGCCCAGAAGAACUUAGCAACUCAGAAACAAGGCCGAAAUCUCUGUGGGCCCGAUCAUGGGCCUUGUGAAAGAGGCUUCUGCUGUUCUUUGCAUGGAUACUGCGGCCAUGGACCGGACUACUGCCAGGCCCCAGACUGUUUGUUUGACUUUGGCAGUGGCUGCGAUGCUCUAAAAUGGCCUCAAGGCGCGGAUACCUCUACCGUUCCGCGCCCCCACGUUGGGGAAAUUCCUUACAGUUUCGUUCCCAUCUAUCAGUGCGUUGUCCCAAACACGAUCGCUUUAACCUUCGAUGAUGGUCCAAACAUCUAUACCGCUGAUCUGCUGGAUAUCUUGGACUCGUACGACGCGAAAGCGACUUUUUUUGUGUCAGCUUUCAAUUCGAAUAAAGGUAGCAUUGAUGAUCCGAAUUACCCAUGGGCCGACCUCAUUCAUCGUAUGUUCAAUAGCGGCCACCAAAUUGCUAGCCAUACAUGGUCACAUCAGAACUUGGACUCCAUGUCGAACGGCUCUCGCCGUGAGCAAAUGAUUAAGACCGAAAUGGUAUUACGGAAUAUUCUUGGUGGCUUCCCGACAUAUAUGCGGCCUCCUUACUCUGCGUGCUCUGUUCAAUCGGGCUGUUUAGGAGACAUGGAUGAUUUGGGCUAUCAUGUUGCUUACUUUAAUGUUGACACGGAUGACUACAAUAAUGCUUCUCCGCAUCAGAUUCAAAGAUCAAAGGAUUUGUUUGAUCACUCCAUGGCAAUGCACGAGGUGACCGGACGUCCCAUGCUUGUGAUUGCUCACGAUGUCCACGAACAAACAGUUUAUAACCUGACAAUUCAUAUGCUUCAUCGCCUAUACGAGUCGAACUACCGACCAGUUACGCUCGGUGAAUGUUUAGGUGACCCACCAACCAACUGGUACCGCUGGACUGAGGGUUCUCUCUACUACCCUGAGCUGAGUAAUUCAAAUGCCAGCUACAGGCGCCCUGGGGAGAAACCAGUCUCCAAUGAUGGUACCUGUGGAAAAGAUUAUACCUGCGCUGGCUCGAAAUUUGGCAAGUGCUGCAGUGCACAUGGGUUUUGCGGCAAUGCCACUGAGCACUGUGGUUCCGGAUGCCAGGAGUCAGCCGGAGUAUGCUCCUUUCAAGUAGGAAAUGUUAUUCUUUCCAACGACAGCUUUGCGAUUCCAGAAGAGCACAGCGGUGACGCUAGCCAUGGAGGAGAUCAUGAUGAGACUGAGGGUGAGCGUAUUGACGGUACCUUUUCUGAUGAUAGCAUUCAAGAAAAUGAGGAAGACCACGGUCAUGAAGAUGAAGAAGAGGAGGAAGAGGAGGAAGAGUAUGAGGAGGACUAUGAUGGGUGA